CUUCACCACCCAACCAAUCUCUCUCUCUCUCUCUCUCUGAUAUUUUCUCUUCUCUUCUUCCCUUCACUGUCACACAGACACCAUUUCACUGUUCUCUCCUCUCUUCUUCUUCUUCUUCUUCUUCUCCAUUCCAUUCCAGACAUCGGAAACCGCUGCCAAAGCUUCUCUUCCUCUUUCUGAAUCUCUCUUUACAGUAACACAAGACCUCUUUUUCUGCUUCUUCUCAGAAAUCGAAGUCCUCAAUUUUCUCACCUUUCUCAUUGAACAUUGUUUAUUUACUACCCCUUUUGAAAUCAAAACCAGUGUUACCCUAAAAGGCUGCUUCUUUCUCCCUCCAAAAUGCACUGGUCACGAAGUUUUUCCAGCGUUUUUCAGCUGGUACAAAACUCGCCGGCGGCGGCGGCAAUUUGAUGGAAUCGGCGCCGUCAGUGUUUCAUGGAGCUAAUGUUUUGGUGCACGCUGUCCGGAUUUCAUUGCAAGCUUCGAUUUGCCUUAAUUGUUCUUGAGAUUUUAUUGGUUUUGGCAUUGGUGAAAGCUCACAUUGCAACGCCCUACGGAGGCCAACUUCAACGGGUAGGGUUGGAAAGGAAUAGUGAGAAUAUUGUCUCACACUCUUGCAUCCAUGACCAGAUUAUUGAACAUAGGAAGCGACCUGGUCGCAAGGUGUAUUCAAUUACCCCGCAGGCUUAUGAGCCUGGUCUCUUGAAGCCCCUUCAACCUAAAGGCAGGGCAUUACUUGAAGCGUCGACAUCAUCAGGGCCUCAAAAGGAUUCAAAGGAACCUAUUAGGAUAUAUCUAAAUUAUGAUGCUGUUGGCCACUCUACUGAAAGAGAUUGUAAAAAAGUUGGUGAUAUUGUCAAACUGGGAGAGCCUCCCAUGACUUCUCUUCAUGGUUCCCCUUCUUGUGAUCCUCAUGGUAACCCCCCAAUCUUAGGUGAUUGUUGGUAUAACUGCACUUUUGAAGAUAUCUCAAGAGAGGAUAAAGAGAAUCGCCUUCGUAAGGCAUUAGGUCAGACUGCUGGCUGGUUUAGGCAAGCAUUGGCUGUAGAGCCUGUCAAGGGGAACUUGCGGUUAAGUGGGUAUUCUGCAUGUGGACAAGAUGGAGGCGUGCAGCUUCCUCGUGCAUAUAUUGAGGAGGGUGUCUCUGAUGCGGACUUGGUUCUUUUGGUGACUACAAGACCCACAACUGGAAAUACACUCGCUUGGGCAGUGGCAUGUGAACGGGAUCAAUGGGGCCGUGCUAUAGCUGGACAUGUUAAUGUUGCUCCUCGCCAUUUGACUGCUGAGGCAGAGACUUUGCUUUCAGCUACUCUGAUACACGAGGUUAUGCAUGUUCUUGGUUUUGACCCACAUGCCUUUGCUCAUUUUAGAGAUGAAAGGAAAAGACGUCGAAAUCAGGUUACUGAACAAGUAAUGGAUGACAAGCUUGGACGGAUGGUGAAUCGUGUGGUGCUUCCUCGUGUUGUCAUGCAUUCACGAUAUCAUUAUUCGGCGUUCUCUAGAAAUUUUACUGGUUUAGAGCUUGAAGAUGGUGGAGGACGUGGCACCUCAGGGUCUCACUGGGAAAAAAGGCUUCUGAUGAAUGAGAUUAUGACUGGUUCUGUUGAUACAAGAUCUGUAGUGUCAAAAAUGACACUAGCUCUUUUAGAAGAUAGUGGAUGGUACAAAGCCAAUUAUAGCAUGGCAGACCAUCUUGAUUGGGGUCGCAACCAAGGUUCGGAAUUUGUUACGUCCCCUUGCAAUCUCUGGAAGGGAGCCUAUCACUGCAACACAACACAGUUUUCUGGCUGCACGUAUAACAGGGAGGCAGAGGGAUACUGCCCAAUCCUAACAUAUAGUGGAGAACUCCCUCAGUGGGCGCGGUAUUUCCCACAAACUAAUAAAGGGGGACAAUCCUCAUUGGCUGAUUAUUGCACUUAUUUUGUUGCAUACUCUGAUGGAUCGUGCACUGACACUAACAGUGCACGAGCACCUGAUAGAAUGCUAGGUGAAGUCAGAGGAAGUAAAUCUAGGUGUAUGGCCUCAUCAUUAGUACGCACAGGAUUCGUACGAGGUUCUAUGACCCAGGGAAAUGGUUGUUAUCAACACAGGUGUGUCAACAACUAUUUGGAGGUUGCUGUGGAUGGUAUCUGGAAAGUGUGUCCUCAAGCUGGUGGACCCAUCCAGUUCCCUGGCUUUAAUGGUGAAUUAGUUUGUCCUGCAUAUCAUGAACUCUGUAACAAUGACCCAGUAUCCGUGUCUGGUCAAUGUCCGAGUUCAUGUAAUUUCAACGGAGAUUGUAUUGAUGGAAGAUGCCAUUGCUUUCUUGGAUUUCAUGGUCAUGAUUGCAGUAGAUGUUCCUGCCCCAGUAAUUGCAGUGGAAAUGGCAUGUGCCUUUCCAAUGGGAUUUGUGAAUGUAAUACUGGAUACACUGGCAUCGACUGUUCCACAGCUGUGUGUGAUGAGCAAUGCAGCCUUCAUGGAGGGGUUUGUGAUAAUGGAGUUUGUGAAUUCCGUUGUUCUGACUAUGCGGGAUACACAUGCCAGAACAGCUCCAUGCUUCUGUCUAGUCUUUCUGUUUGCAAAAAUGUGCUGGAAAAGGAUGUUUCUGGACAGCUUUGUGCACCCAGCGAACCUAGCAUUCUACAGCAGCUGGAAGAAGUUGUUGUCGUUCCCAACUACCAUCGAUUAUUCCCAGGUGGUGCUCGGAAAUUAUUUAAUAUAUUUGGCAGUACCUACUGUGAUGAGGCUGCUAAACGGCUUGCCUGCUGGAUCUCAAUCCAAAAGUGUGACAAGGAUGGAGACAACAGGCUUAGAGUGUGCCAUUCUGCAUGCCAAUCUUAUAAUUUAGCAUGUGGAGCUUCACUUGACUGCUCUGACCAAACCCUUUUCAGUAAUGAGGGGGAGGGAGAGGGUCAAUGCACCGGCUCUGGUGAGAUGAAAUUGUCAUGGUUCAAUCGGCUGCGUCUUAGUUUUUCUUUGAGAAAUAGUUCCUUGAAAGGAAUAUCAGUAAGAUAUAGGUAACUUUAACUUCUCCCCUUGUUUUGGGGAUUUUGGCUUGUAAAUUUUUAUUCCUUAGUUUUAGACUUUUAGGGUAUUGCUUACUCAUCCAAAAUUGUUCAGAAAAUGUUGGAUGAGGUUAGAGAUUUGGCUUUCGAAGAGGAGAGCCAUUUGUAGAUAGAAUUAGGAGUCUAGGAAAGGAGAUAGUAGAGAGUAAAAAGAAAAAAAAGGGGGUAAAGAGAAAGAGAAGAGUUAUGAUUGUUGUCAGAGCUUUGGCCGAAGGCCUUGAAAGGAAAGAGAAAAAGUUCUGUUUCAUUCCUUUCUCCAUAUAUCACCUGAUCUCUUAAUUUCCAUGUUUUUUGCCAUUUAUUUUA